CUCUCUCUCUCUCUAUAUAUAUAUAUAUAUGGAUUGCGCCUAUAAAGCUUCGUUCUACUCCGGUGGACGACCUCCGUGAUCCCUCUCGCUCCUUCUCCGCCGUCCGAUCUUCUCCAUAUACUCCGGGAUUUACCUUUCAUAUCCAGGUCAGAAAUGGGUGCGAUUUCAAGGCAGGUUUUUCCUCUGUGUGAAAGUCUCUGCUUUUUUUGUCCUGAAUUGGGCGCCAGAUCCAGGCAUCCCGUUAAACGAUAUAAGAAGUUGAUCUCUGAUAUAUUCCCUCGCUCUCAGGAUGAAGAACCCAAUGACCGUAAGAUUGGGAAACUAUGUGAAUAUGCAUCGAAAAAUCCUCUUCGUAUCCCAAAGAUCACAAGUUCUCUUGAGCAAAGGUGUUACAGGGAUUUGAGAAAUGAGCAAUUUCAUUCGGUAAAAGUGGUCCUGUGUAUCUACAGGAAGUUGUUGUAUUUUUGUAAGGAGCAAAUAUCAUUGUUCGCAAGUAGCUUGCUUGGUAUUGUACAUAUUCUACUUGAUCAAACACUACAUGACGAACUGCGUAUUCUAGGAUGCCACACACUUUUUGAAUUUGUGAAUAAUCAGAGGGAUGGUACUUAUAUGUUCAACUUAGAUGGCAUGAUUCCUAAACUUUGUCUUUUAGCUCAAGAAGUGGGGAAGGAUGAGAGGGAGCAAUGUUUACGUUCGGCUGGGCUUCAGACCCUUUCGGCUAUGCUUUGGUUCAUGGGUGAAUUCUCUCAUAUUUCAGCAGAAUUUGACAAUGUCGUUUCAGUAGUCCUGGAGAAUUUUGGUGAUCUUCAAAAGAAAUCAGAUUCUUUAACCAAUGAUAACAAAGGUUUCAACAAUGAAUGUUCAGAAGAGGAUUCUCAUUCAUCGGUUGCCAUGACAAGGAUUUCUUCGUGGAGGAUGAUAGUGAGUGACAAAGGCGGACUUAAUGUGUCUAUGGAGGAUGCCAAGAAUCCCAUAUUUUGGUCAAGGGUAUGUCUGCAUAACAUUGCAAAGUUAGCCAAGGAAGCUACAACUGUACGGCGAGUCUUGGAGUCUUUAUUCCGCUACUUUGACAAUGCCAAUCUCUGGUCUCCUUCUAGUGGACUUGCCCUUUCGGUGUUGCUGGAUAUGCAGUUAAUAACUGAAAGUUUAGGGCACAACACACAUUUUUUGUUGUCCAUCUUGAUUAAGCAUCUUGAUCACAAGAAUGUUCUUAAAGAUCCAAAAAUUCAGUUGGACAUUGUUGAUGUUGCCACCUACCUUGCUCAGCAAACAGAUAUUAAACCCUCUGUGGCCAUAAUUACUGCAUUAAGUGACAUGAUGAGGCAUCUAAGGAAAAGUAUACACUGUUCACUUGAUGAUUCUAACUUGGGUGCUGAAGUUAUUCAAUGGAACCAAAAAUAUCGAGCAGCAGUUGAUGAGUGCCUUGUGCAGUUGAUACAUAAGGUUGGAGAUGUAGGUCCAGUUCUUGACAAGAUGGCAGUGAUGUUAGAAAACAUGUCUAGCAUUGUUGUUAUGGCAAGGACCUUGGUUUCUGCUGUUUACCGAACAUCACAGAUUGCCGCAUCUAUCCCAAAUCUUUCAUAUGAAAACAAGACCUUUCCUGAGGCACUAUUUCAUCAAUUACUAGUUGCCAUGGUCUAUUCGGACCCUGAGACCAGGGUUGGUGCACACCGCAUAUUCGCAGUUGUUCUUGUCCCAUCUUCUGUUUGCCCUCGUUCUUGUCCUGCAACAGCCUGCUCCAAAAAGAAAAAUGAUAUUCAGAGGACACUCUCAAGAACUGUGUCUGUGUUUUCUUCUUCUGCAGCACUUCUAAAGAAAUUGAAGAAGGAUCAAUGUGGCUUGCAGCAGGAGAACAUGUCUCAAGAGAGUAGUAAAAGCAAAAUUUUCGGUGAGGAUGGGACAAAGAUCCAUAAGUCAAGGAAUCCGUCAACUAGAACCACUGGUGAAAAUGAAGAAGCGAAAACCAAUCCUUCUUUUCUCAGCAGAUUAAAAUCAUCUUACAGCAAAUCUUAUAGCAUAAAAAGGCACCCGGCAACAACUACAAUUGACAUUUCAGGAAAAGAUACGACAAUGUCCCUGAAAUUGAGCAGUCGCCAGAUCACUCUCUUGCUUUCAACAAUCUGGGUGCAAUCUAUCUCUCCUAUAAAUACACCUGAAAGCUAUGAAGCAAUCGCUCAUACAUUCAGUCUGGUCCUGCUAUAUGCCCGGUCAAAGAAUUCCAGCUAUGAGACCUUAAUUCGAAGUUUCCAGCUGGCAUUAUCCUUAAGGAGCAUAUCUCUUGCAGAAGGAGGUCCACUGCAACCAUCACGCUGCAGAUCCCUUUUCACCUUGGCAACAUCUAUGAUCAUCUUCUCAUCAAAAAUUUACAACAUCAUCCCUCUUGUCCCUUUUGCAAGAACUGCACUUACCGAAAAAACAAUUGAUCCAUUUCUAAAGUUGGUAGAUGAUUGCAAGUUACAAGCUCUUCAUGCAGAAUCUGACCGAGCUUACGGAUCAAAGUCUGACGAUGAGUGUGCUUUAAGCUCACUUUCAGCGAUCGACAUUACAGGAAGUCAAUCAAAGGAAUCACUUGCUACCAUGAUAUUAAAAGCUUUGGAAAAGUCAUCAGAUGAGUCAUCUGCAAUAAGGCAGCAGUUACUCAAUGAUUUUUUGCCUGACGAUGUAUGCCCGCUGGGAGCUCAGUUAUUCAUGGAGACACCAGGACAAAUCUACCAACGUGGAUUAAAAGAUAACAUUGUUGAGCCUCCCUUGUUCACAGCUGAGGAAGAUGUUUUACCCAACGUGUUUGGAAAUCAAACUGACUCUGAAACCAAACAGGCCUCUGAAAAUCGUACCCUUUUAAGCGUCGAUGAGCUUUUGGAUUCAGUGUUGGAGACAAGACACCAAGUGGGGAGAGUGUCGGUCUCAACACCGAACGACAUGCCCUACAAGGAAAUGGCAGGCCAAUGCGAGGCCCUUCAAAUGGGAAAACAGAAGAAGAUCUCCACUUUCAUGACUGCUCAACAGAGGCAAGAGAGUUCAAUCAGUAUUUCUUACGCUCACAACAAGGGAAUGGAAGCAUCUUCUUCACCUUGUUCCACAAUCCAAUCGGGUUUCCCUAUGGGUGGGAAUCCAUUCCUUGUCUCAAACUUGAGUGAACUAUCACACUACACAUCGGUUCACACCAGUCCAACGCCAUGUUCAACCGUCUACCAUCACAACUUUUUUCAGCUUCCAGCAUCAAGCCCGUACGAUAACUUUUUAAAGGCCGCUGGUUGUUAAAGCUCUGGUAAUGGAACCUCUCUUUAUUCUUGACUUUAUGCACCAGCUUUAACCACCAUUGCAGCACCAUCACUCAAUUCUUCUGAUGCUUUCAUUUGAUCUGUAUAUGUAGGUUUACCUCUUCUCAUGUUCACUUCUGGUUUUUGUGAAGUUAUUUUUCUUUUUUUGUUUUUGUUUUGUAUUGGGGUGUGAAUCCCUUCAAUUUUCUACUCCUACAUAUCUGUAGCGGGAAACAACGGUAGAGCUGAACUGUAUUAACGGCUUGUUUGUUAUAGCUUGAUUCAUACGGCGCGUCGUUUUUGUUCCUAAAUGACAUUACAGAUUUCUCUCGCUUCAUGAAAACGACAUUCUAAUUCUUCCCCACUUUACUAAAACGACGUGUCAUUUUGCACCUUUUCUUGCCAAAAAUUAAUAAAUGUAAUAGCAAUCCUAAAAUAUCUUACA